CAUUCCUACACAUUACAAGUCGCCCUUAUCCUAAACUGCCAUUCUGUUAACUCCAUCGAUCACUAAGGAUCGUCGCAUUAAGUUACUCUACCAAUGAAAUACAACUAAGUUGACGUCAUCGACUGCAGCUCGUAGUCAUAGCAACUAGGAAAAGGCUCAUCGAUCGGCUGACGAGUGUUGCAGGCUAGACGAAGGUCGACGUGUCCAUUUGAACAUUAGACACCAUUUGGUGCUGUGGAUUGUCAUCUUUCAACGUUGGAUGGAGGUGAACAAUCGUACAAUUUCAUACAUGAUAGUGCAAUUCAUCAACGGGUAUUGUUACCACUUCGGAUAGUUAAAUGCUGAUUUCUCUAAUCCAGCUAUGGGCACGGUAUUGAGUUUUUCACCAAAGGAACGUAAGCCGUCGUAUGGUGAUUAUAACUUGAAUAAGUACACGUACGAGCAGUUGAAUAAUGCGAAAAACAAGGAGAAGACGCUUGAGAAGAAUGCCAAUCACCAUAACCAUAACUUCAAGAAGCAUUCCCUCUUCAUCAAUGCUCUUAGUUGGAAACACUUCAACGUCUCGAACAAGAAGAAGAGCGAAAAGAAUAAAAACCAGAAUUUACGUUAUCCCCUAGAUAAUAUAAAUACUUUAGUGGAUAAUAACAAAAAUAUCCAGAACUCUCUGGCAUGUUACAACCUGAAAUCCAGUUCCAUUGGGCCUUUGGAUGUAGUUGCCAGGAAUAACAACAAACCUCAUAAGCCUUUACCACCUCCAUUGCCACCGAAACCUGCAAUUUUGACGGCUCAUAAUUUGGUUCGACCCAUUACUCAUACUACUUCCGGAGCCAUCAAUGCCUUUACUGCAUGCGGCCCUUCCCUGAGAGCACCACCAAAUGUAGUAAGUAAAAACAACGUUACAGGGGAUCAUACCGUUCCUAGCCCGCACAAAAAGACAGUUAUACAGGCAUCCACAUCGGAAUUGUUAAGAUGUUUAGGGGAAUAUCUCUGUCGAAAGUGUAAAAAGAUGAGAGAACUUCAACCAUCCGAUGCUGUUAUGUGGUUAAGAAGCGUAGAUAGAUCAUUACUUCUACAAGGUUGGCAAGAUAUAGCAUUUAUAAAUCCAGCUAACGUAGUCUUCCUUUAUAUGCUGGUUAGAGAAUUAGUUAACGACGAUAUCGAAACUGAACGUGAACUUCAGGCUAUCGUAUUAACCUGUCUAUACUUAUCUUACGCUUAUAUGGGUAACGAGAUUUCUUAUCCCUUAAAGCCUUUCUUAGUAGAAGAUAGCAAAGAAAAAUUCUGGGAUAGAUGCUUAUUAAUUAUUAAUUUACUGAGUGGAAAGAUGUUGAAAAUCAAUAGUGAACCAAGCUAUUUUACUGAAGUUUUUACCGAAUUGAAAGGCUGCUCGAUCACGGCAUAACCAGACUUUAAUAAUAGUUUAACGGUUUAAAAAAAACUUUACUUAUAUAUACAUACACACAUAUAUAUAUAAAUAUAAAUAUACUGUAAAUGAAAAUUGUAGAAUCAUAUCCCAUAAUAUUUAUCUUUCUUCUACAAUAGAAGGUUUGAUAUAUGUUCAUCGAAAAAAAGUGAGUGCCCCUGUAAAGCGUGCUUCACUGUAGGACUUAGUGUUCUGUUGGGAAGCUAAGUUCUGGCGCAAUGCGGGAGUAUAAUGAGUAUUUACCGUUCCUCAAUCUUUAAUAAUAGUUAAAAUCGUCCGGAAUUUUGUGAAAUUAUCGUCAUAUAUCGUUUUAUGAAGCAGUAUACGAAGUAAGUAUAUAUAUAUAUACAUAUAUAAAUAAGCAUAUAUAUAUAUAAAACUUUACAAUAUCUCUUUUUUGUAUUUCAAUCAUUGAAAUGCGUUCAUUGUGAUGAUAAAUGUUAAAAUUUGUUGGAUAUAAUUAAUGUUGAUUUUACUGUUAAUCUCUUUUUAAUAUAUCCCUUGUACUGAUCUAUAAUGAUAAAUUAUCCUGUUAGGUAUAUUAUACAUUUGUUAAAUGUAUAGUUUAAAAUAAAAGAAAAAUCCAAAAAAGAAUAAAAACCUUCAGUACAAAAAAAAAUAAGAAAAAAAAAUUGAUAUUUUUGGUAUCUAAAAGCAAUAUAUUUAGUUAAAAUUCUCAUUUUAAUUUGAAAUUCUUAUUUAUACUGUUGAACAAAACAUGUAUUUUAAAAGCCCAAAUUGUUAAACAGUCUCAAGCAAUUGCCAGCCAAUUCUGAUCAAGAAAAGUUUUCGUCCAAAUUAAAUGUUGCCAUUUAGGAAAAUAUAUAUACAUACAUAUAUAUUUUUAACAUUAAAAAUUUAUUUUUAAACUUUAUUAUUAAUUUUAAAAAAAAUUAGUUCAUAAAUGUAUAAUUUUUCAUAAUUAAUUUAUAG